GAGAAAGAGGUAAAAUGGCGUCGGGAUGGGGAAUAACGGGGAACAAGGGCCGCUGCUACGAUUUCUGGAUGGACUUCAGUGACUGCAUGUCCCGCUGCCGGGAGCCCAAGGAUUGCGCACUCCUCCGUGAAGAUUAUCUCGAGUGCCUCCACCACUCUAAAGAGUUUCAACGCAGGAACCGAGUCUACAAGGAGGAGCAGCGUCAACUGAGAGCAGCUUCAGAGAAGGGCAAGGGAGGCAUAGAUGAUGUUCAUCACUGAGAAACAUUAUUAUUUCUCUUCGUUUCAACCGAGUGAAAAGAGGAAUGAACUAAAUGAUUUUCUUCAAACAUUGUUGGAAAUAAGAAAUGAAUCAGUUGUAUUUACGUGUUGUGCAAUGUCAAGUACAAGGAUGUUUUUCCGCAUCUGCCAAAUGCGAGGUUUGGUGCAAAAAGAGUGAGAUGCAUGUUUCCUUGCAUAUGAUGAUGAUUGGGCUAUUUGUCACUGGCAUUGAGGCUUUUUUCUUAA